AAGUAUAUGAUGAAUUGAUCCAAAAUUGAGAUGGAGGAGAGAAGUUAUGGAGUAACACUUCCACCUGGUUUCAAGGAGAAGAGCUCACUGGAGACGAUUGUCGCUGAUCGGCCAUCGCACGAGUCCAGUCGGGAUCCUUACGGGCCACGUCUUCCACAUAGUCUCAAACAGACGCCGCAAUCACCAGUGAGGGCUAAUCGGAGUUCAAAGGAUGACGACGAAUCGAUGCAUCCUGAAAUGGAAAAUCUAUCAAAACUGUGGGAGAGCGUGACGGAAGAAGAAGAGGCAUCGUUGUACGAACUGGACCACAGUGUCACACACAAGUUGGACAACACCGGUUCUGUGAUGUUGCCCGAGUCAGUGAAAUCGGAUGUACAUGGAUCUGCACUGAAAACAGCGGAGUUGAAACAUGGCGCUCACAAAGUGCUUCGAGCAUCAACAGAAACGUGUACGUAUGGACCGGCUCUACCACCACCGUUACAAGAAAAGGAGAGCGAACAAAGGGACAUUGGUCCAAAACUGCCACCAUAUUUAGUGAGUUCGUCAGGUGAGGUGCCAUCAGAGUCAUCAGGUUCAGGUUUGUAUGGACCGGCACUACCACCACUGCCACCAGCGAAGGAGAGCGAACAUAAGGACAUGGGUCCAAAACUGCCAGAACAUUUAGCAAGUUUGUCAGGUGAGGUGCCAUCAGAGUCAUCAGGUUCAGGUUUGUAUGGACCGGCACUACCACCACGGCCACCAGCGAACGAGAGCGAACUUAAGGACAUAGGUCCAAAACUGCCACCAUAUUUAGCGAAUUCAUCAGGGGACAUUGCAGACACUGAUAGUGACUCUGAUGAAGAAUUUAUGAUCGGACCAAUACCUGUAUCGGGAGACGCGAGCAGGAACACAUCUGCAGCUGAGGAAUUUGAGGCUAGGGCUAAAAAAAUGAAGGACAAACUAACAGGGCAGACGAAAGAAAUGCCGGCUGAGCGGGAGUCUUGGAUGAUAGAGCUUCCUCCUGAAAUGGGUAAGAACUUUGGUUUGGGUCCGAGAACGUUUCGAAAAAGAGCAAGCUGUGGUGACAAGGACAAGUCCGCCUGGACUGACACUCCUGCGGACAAAGAGCGUAAGGCAAAGGAAGCGUGGGAGAGACAUGAGAAAGGUUUGCGGAAGCCAAAACGGGAGCGGCCCCCGCCACCAGCAAUUUCAGCGAAAGAGAAAGAACUUGCAGAUCAGAUGGAGAGCUAUAAUAAGAAGAAACGAUCAGAAUCUCUGAUAGACAUGCACACUAACAAACUUAGCAAAAAGAAAAAGGAAGAGGGGGAGAAGCCAAAUGAGAGAAAGGAGUUUGACAGAGACACCGACCUGCAGGUGAAUCGGUUUGACGACGCCCGGCGCAGAGCAGCCAUGAAGAAGGCUGUGGGAUUGAACGAUAGGUUCUCCUCCGGUGGCCACACGUCAAAGUUUCUCUAAGGCAAUCUCGAGCUUACCGCGAGGCCGCAAAAUUAUGCUCGUUACUCGGUGUUGGCCGGGAAGCAUUUUUUAGCUCGCCUUGACAUCGUCAAGAUGAGCUAUUGCCAUGGGGUGUCGUACGUCGUAUGUCCG